ACCCGACCCGAAGUUGCCUCACUUCAUAAAAGCGCAACUAAAGGUCAAAAACAUCCGAACAUUUCAGCUUUACUUUAAUAAAACACACCAGUAAAUCAAACCUGAUGGAUCGUGUGGGUGAUGUGAUGCGACUUUGCUGUGAGGUUUCAACAAAUCAUCAGAUCAAAGCAGCAGUGAAGAGUUCGACAAAAGGGGCGAUGGUGGCUGGAGGGAGCGCUCUAAUAGGGGGCCUGCUGCUCGGACCGCCCGGCAUCGCUCUUGGAGGUGCUUUCGGAGGCCUGAUGGGUUGGGGUAUGACUUCUGGGCAGUUUAAACCUGUUCCACAGAUCCUAAUGGAGCUUCCACCUCACCAGCAGAGAAAACUCUACAAUAAUGUGAUGGCAGUUAUGGGUAGCCUGGACUGGAUGGACGCCGUUCAGCUGGUUUCACUGGUGAUGGGUAACGCCACUCUGCAGCAGCAGGUUGUAGCUGCCAUUCUGUCGUUUGUUACCAAAGAGCUGCAGGGUGAGAUACGUUAUGGAAACUGACCUCACCACAUAGAAACUGGGGUUUAAUGUUUCGCCUUUGAAUGUGCUAAAUAAGUUUUUAUAUAAUGUUUACUUUACAGUAGCAUUGAUCAAGCUGUCGUGCAUUAUACACAUGUGGAAGGAAAUAAGUCAGCAAUAAUAAUGUUUAAAUGGGUUUGCUCAGUGCCUUUUGUACAUGUAUUAGGAAUUAUGUGUUUAAUGUUAAGUAAAAAUUUGAUGUGAAAAAAUAUUACUUUUGUAUUUUAUUAUAUCAUAUUUUGUAAUUGGUAAUAAGGGUUUAUUGUAUAAAAUAAAAACGAAAUGAUUAAACAAUAAAGCCUCUAUAUAAUAUAAUUCUCAUAAUUGUAUCCUGUUUAAAAUGUUUAUACCUUAUUUGACACACCUGAUGAUAAACAGUUCAUAAAUUAUAUAAUUUUUAAAAUGAAAAGAAUAGCUAAUAAGAAUAUAUUCACAAGUUAAAGUAAAAUCAAGGUCACCUAAGCUUUAAAAGAUUGUGUGAGAGUUAUCUAAAGAAUAAAGAAUUGCAAAACCCCAGCAA